GCGGUGGUACCACAUCCUCCCGGCGUCACCCCGGACUCUGACCGGUGAUAAUCCCGCUAAUAUUAACCGGAUAAAACGAGCAGCUGUCGGACUCUUCCGUCACUUCUUCUUCUACUCCUUUAAAUCUUCCAGAAACUUCGUGUUUUUGGUGAAAUAAGAGAAAAGAUGAACGGGAGUUUGAAGCUAGCGGAAUACGACUUCGAGCGACGUUUCGACGAGAGACGAGCUCUGGAAUGGAUGCAGGAAAACUGGAGCAAAGGCUUCAUGUUCUGUGGCCUGUAUGCUGUGUUCGUGUUCGGCGGUCAGCACUUCAUGAGGGAGAGGCCGAAGCUGAACCUGCGACGCCCGCUGGUUCUGUGGUCACUCAGCCUCGCCAUCUUCAGUAUCAUAGGAGCUCUGAGGACAGGAUUGUACAUGGUUCACGUCAUCUCAAACAGCGGCUUCAGACAGUCUGUGUGUGACUCCAGCUUCUACAGCGCCCCCGUCACCAAAUUCUGGGCCUACGCCUUCGUUCUCAGCAAAGCCCCCGAGCUGGGUGACACAGUGUUCAUCAUCCUGAGGAAGCAGCGCCUCAUCUUUCUGCACUGGUACCACCACAUCACCGUGCUGCUCUACUCCUGGUACUCUUACAAGGACCAGGUGGCGGGCGGCGGCUGGUUCAUGACCAUGAACUACAUCGUGCACUCUCUCAUGUACACGUACUACGCGGCCCGGGCGGCCGGCCUGCGGGUACCCCGGGUCUGCGCCAUGAUCAUCACGGCCACACAGAUCACGCAGAUGGCGGUGGGUCUGACCGUGCUGGGUCUGGUGUACCGCUGGAUUCACGAGGUCAACUGUCCGUCCAACAUGGACAACAUCACGUGGGGCUCGCUCAUGUACCUCAGCUACCUGGUCCUGUUCGCCUUGUUCUUCUACAACACGUACCUCAGAGGCUCCUCCGGGGCGAAAGGAUCCAAGGCGGAGUAGCAUGUUUGUUCCAACAGCGAGGGGCCGUGAGCGUGUGAGUCACAACUAAUUAACUGGCCCCUCCUCUUUUAUGACAUCAUCACUUGACUUUUUAUGGAAAUCUGAAGCUAAAAUCAGCGACUAAUAUCUGGAUUUAGAGCGGCCAGUUUAAUAUGAUGUCAUCAUUACUACAGCAAGAAGGGGCGUUAUAUUUGACUAACAUAGUUCUCACUUCUUUAAAUGAUUGCCUUCGUUAUUUUCAACUUUUGACCAGCAACAAAAAAAAGCUGUGCAAGGGCAAAAUAUGUCAGAAGUGGUAACCGAUUUUGUUUUUUUUUUCUUGCAAACUUUAAAGCUCUGAAAUAUGUUUUUAAAAAAAAGGGAAUUUUACAAAAUGAAGGAAUAGUUCAACAUGUUGGUGAACGCAGGAGCUGCAGUCGAGACGCAUUUAGUAAAGCUGAGCAUGAAGUGGACGCUGUGGGGAAACCCGCACCAGUUUGUUACUAAACAGAAGAAAAAGUGCCUCAGAGGUUAGAGUGAGUUAAAGUCUUUAUGUGUGAUUCUUUACACUUAAAUGUAGAAAUCAAGUAUAUCCUCUGAAAAUAACUCUGUGAGU